AGAUUUAUUAUCAACAAUCAAUAUUUGCAUCUGUUUCUACUUUAAAUACUCUAUAAAUAUAAAAAAAAAAAAACAAAAACAAGUGUGGGGAAUUAUUUUAAUUACAAGAAACUUGCCAAAAUUGCUGGCGAAAUUUGUCGAGUGGUAACAUCCUUUUUAUGAAUCGAAAAAUCUAUAUAUAAAACCACCGUGUUUCUCGUGCUAAAAACAUAAAUUGCUUAUUGUGGUAAAACGCUAAAAAUAUAUAUAUAUAUUUUGGAACUUAUCGGGAAUCGAAACGUAUUAAACGUAAAUUUUUAAUAUACGUACACGAAUGGCGCUUUCGUUUUUAACGCAAAAUUCCGGACUGUUGGAUUUACAAAGUAUUUUUGAUCCACAAUAUACACAACAACAACAACAACAAGAGGAAGGAGAAAAAACAACAACAACACAAGUAGUAACAUCACAUAAUAAUAAUAAUCCAACAACAACAAAAUUCGAUUUAAACUUAUUUAACGAUAUCAACGACGAUCAAAUGGAAUACAAUCAAAGUUUGAGUCGUACUCAAUAUCAAAAUUCGAAUAAUAAUAAUAAUAAUAACCACAAUACCAACAACAACAGCAACAUACAAACACCUCAAAUUAGCAACAACAACAACGGUGUCGGUGGAAAUCUUAAUCAGCUCCAAAAUCGUCAUUUUAUUAGCGGCUAUCAUCAUCAGCAUAUUGGUUCAGACUAUGAGCAAGUGAUUAACUUUGUUGAUUCACCACCAAAUUCAGAGGAAUCUUGGACAGACGGACCAACGUCCAAGGAUUCAUCGCCAGGACCACAAAUUAUAGACGUGCAGACAAUUUAUUCACACUCGCAGCAGCACCAAAGCGGUACGCGCAAGAGACGAAUGGAUUGGGAUUCAUUGGAUAUUGGUCAAAGUGAAAAUUCACCAACAGCCACGCCCAAUGCCCAUAAGGCGCAGCAACAAGAACAUCAAGAGAAAGAUAAACACAAAAGGGAGAAGCAUUCAGGUCGCAGCAGCUGGAGCGAUGAUAUUGGAUUUGAUUUGAAUGCCGAAUUCAAUAGUAAUUCAUAUUUGAACAAUGAAAACUUUUUAACGUUUUCGCCUAGUUUGACGGCUCUUAAACAGGAACCGCAAACCGAGCAGCAGCAGCAGCAGAUAAAACCCAAUGCCAAAUUGCAAUUGGAUAGUAAUGCCGCCAAAUCCCCUCUGGUUGAUGCCCAAAAGGAUACCAGAGAGGUCAAUGGUGGAGGCAAAAAUGACGGUAACUCAGCUGCUGGUCCCAUUUGCGGUUGUGGCUCACCUCAGGGAUCGCCUAUCAACAAUCAGGCCAAUUAUGGUGCUGUAGAAGUCGAAACGCAGGCGGCACCUGAAAAAAUCCUCAAGCAAUUGACUGUGGUCGAUGCAGCCAAGAUAGAACUAAGCAAUGGCUCAUCAUCCCACGGCGAGGAUCACAAAUUUCAGUACAUUUUAGCUGCUGCCACUUCGAUAGCCACCAAAAAUAAUGAGGAAACGUUAACCUAUCUUAAUCAGGGACAAAGUUAUGAGAUCAAAUUGAAGAAAAUUGGUGAUUUAUCUUUAUAUCGUGAUAAGAUUUUGAAGAGCGUCAUAAAAAUCUGUUUCCAUGAGCGUCGCUUACAGUUUAUGGAACGCGAACAGAUGCAACAAUGGCAACAAUCUCGUCCUGGUGAUCGUAUCAUUGAAGUGGAUGUACCAUUAUCUUAUGGCCUAUGUCAUGUCUCGCAACCAUUGAGUUCGAAUUCAUUGAAUACGGUUGAAAUAUUUUGGGAUCCAUUGAAGGAAGUCGGUGUUUAUAUCAAAGUCAAUUGCAUUUCAACUGAAUUCACACCAAAGAAGCACGGUGGCGAAAAGGGUGUACCAUUCCGACUACAAAUUGAAACUUAUAUAGAAAAUACAACAACAACAAAUACAAAUUUAAAUACAACAACUAAUGCAACAAAUGCAACCACCAACAACAGCAGUGGAAAUAACAGCAAUAGUUCUACAACAGCCUCAUCAUCUCCGAUACCGGAACGCUCCACAGCCAAUGGAGGAAACGGCAAUGGAAAUAACAACAACAGCAACGGCAAUGGCAGCGGCACCAGCAAUGCCAGUGGCGCCACCAAACAGGCUGUCCAUGCAGCUGCUUGUCAGAUUAAGGUUUUCAAAUUAAAAGGGGCCGAUCGUAAGCAUAAGCAAGAUCGCGAGAAAAUCCAAAAGCGACCACAAUCCGAGCAAGAGAAAUUCCAGCCAAGCUAUGAAUGUACGAUAAUGAAUGAUAUAUCAUUGGAUUUGAUAAUGCCGAAGGCAAAUGCAAUUGCAACAACAACAACAACAGGCUGUUACAGUCCCGAAUAUAUGAAACUUUGGCCCAAUUCGCCUGUGCAUAUACCAAAAUAUGAUGGAAUGCUGCCAUUCACAUCGAAUGCAUCGCCAGGCAAUAGCAACAGCAGUCCAAUUGCCAUCAAUUCAGUGACAUCGACCAAUUCACCAACAUUGAAACUAAUGGAUACCACCAAUAUGGUAUCACCGCAGCAUGUACCAGCGGAUAUUGAUGAUUAUCAAAAUCAAAACAUAAUGCCGGAUUCAACGCCCGCACAAGUGACACAAUGGCUCACACAGCAUCGUCUGACGGCCUACUUGACUACUUUUGCUCACUUCUCCGGGUCCGAUAUUAUGCGCAUGUCCAAGGAUGAUUUAAUACAAAUUUGCGGUCUAGCCGAUGGAAUACGAAUGUUUAAUAUUUUGAGAGCCAAAACAAUUGCACCCCGUUUGACGCUCUAUGCCAGUAUCGAUGGAUGCAGCUAUAAUGCCAUUUAUUUGCUCUCGAAUACGGCUAAAGAAUUGCAGCAGAAGAUCUACAAAUUGCCAGGAUUCUAUGAGUUUAUGCUAAAGGCCACUGCGAAUGCAAAUGAGAAUGGCGGUCCGGCUGCAGCAGCUGCUUUGGCUCUCUAUAAUAAUUGGAGUAUGCAUUCAAAAUAUUCGGGCAGCGGUUCGAAUAUAUUCAAUGAGGCCAACAAGAGUUGUGUCUAUAUCUCGGGUCCUUCGGGCAUUCAUGUCUCUGUCACCGAUGAGGUUCUCAAUAAUGAGAUUAAGGACAAUAGCCUCUAUGUCUUGGAUGUGCAGAGCGAUAAGGUUAUUUUGAAGCUGAUUAAUAAACAGGACAUCAACUAGAUAUUUUAAUUUUCACACAUUUCAAUAAUCAACACAGAAAAAAUUAAAAAAAAAAAUUACAAAAAAAAACCACCCAAUAACAAAAAGUAUAGUUUUAGCAUUUACAGAACAAAAAAAAAACAUGUUUUUUCUAUAUAAAUUUCAAUUUGUAAGAGAUUUCGCUUAGCAAAUUUUGAACAAGCAUAACCCCACACAAACACACACACACAAACACCAAUUUUAGUGUAAAACAAUAA